AUGUCCCGCCCCGACGCCGCCUCCCUCCUCUCCCCCUCGCCUCCGCCGUUCAAGCCCCAUCGCCGCGGCCGCUUCCUCCCCUCCAUACUCGCCGCCCUCGCCGCGGCCGCCGCUCUCCUCCUCCUGGCCGUCCUCCGCUCGCCGCCGACCCCGUCCCCCAACCUCGGCUCCCUCUUCCUCUCCCUCGGCUCCAACAACACCGCCGCCUCCCACCUCCGCGCGCUCACCCUGCACCCCCACGUCGCCGGCACCAAGGCCAACUCCCUCACCGCCGCCUACGUCCUCCACGCCUUCUCCUCCCUCUCCAUCCCGUCGCACAUCACGCCCUACUCCGUCCUCCUCUCCUACCCCGUCCACCGCUCCCUCUCCCUCUCCGCGGGGCCCGGCCGCGCCGCCAAGCCCUUCUCCCUCACACAGGACACCUACCCCAGCGACCCCUACGCGCGCGCCGCGGCCGAGGUGACCCCGACCUUCUUCGCCUACUCCGCCUCCGGGUCGGUGUCCGCGGAGGCCGUGUACGCCAACUACGGCCGCGAGGAGGACUUCGCCUACCUCGCCUCCCGCGGGGUCGACGUCGCGGGAAAGGUGGCGCUUGCGCGGUACGGGAGGAUCCACUGCGAGGACAUCGUGCACAACGCGCGCGCGGCGGGCGCCGCGGCCGCGCUGGUGUACCCCGACCCGCUGGAGUACGGCGGCCCGGCCGGGGAGGGGACGUUCCCCGACUCGCGGUGGCUGCCCCCGAGCGGCGUGCAGGUGGGGAGCCUGUUCCGGGGCGUGGGCGACCCGACGACGCCGAUGUGGGCGUCGUCCGAGGGGUGCGAGCGCGUGAGCGUGGAGGACGCCAUGGCCACCGACGACAUGCCGGGCAUCCCGGCGCUCCCGGUGUCGGCGCGGGACGCGGCGGAGAUCCAGCGGGUCCUGGGCGGGGCCGAGGCGCCGGCGGGCUGGCAGGGCCAGGACGGCAGCCCCGCGUACCGGCUUGGCCCAGGGCCGGCCGUGCUGAACCUGACGUAUCAAGGCAAUGAUACGAUGGCGACGAUUGAGAAUGUCUUCGCGGUGAUCGAAGGCGCAGAAGAGCCGGACAGAUAUGUUAUCCUGGGAAACCAUCGCGAUGCCUGGACGUUCGGAGCCGCCGACCCCAACAGCGGAACAGCAGCUAUGAUCGAGCUAGCACAAAGGUUUUCGAUGCUGCAAAAGCAAGGGUGGAGACCUCGAAGGACAAUCAUUUUCUGUAGCUGGGAUGCAGAAGAGUACGGAUUGACAGGAUCAACUGAAUGGGUUGAAGAAAACAGGGAGAUGCUUUCCUCAAGAGCUGUUGCAUAUCUGAAUAUUGAUGUUUCGGUAGUCGGUCCGGUUUUACUCCCAUCUACAACUCCCCAACUGGAUGAGCUACUCCUUGAAACAAUUAAACUGGUUCAAGAUCCCGACAACUCAUCUCAGACGGUGUAUGAUGCAUGGGUCAAAUCCAAUGCUUCUCCCAAGAUUCAACGACUGGGCAAUGGAGGAUCAGACUAUGCAGCAUUCGUUCAACAUGUUGGCAUUCCAUCAACCAACUUGAUAUUUGGAGAAGGGCCAGGAUAUCCUGUUUACCACUCUUUAUACGAUGAUUUUGUAUGGGUGGAGAAGUUCGCGGACCCUGGGUUCCGUAGGCAUGUCGCAGCUGCUAGCAUCUGGGGAAUUAUGGCUUUGAGACUUGCUGACGAAGAGAUCAUACCGUUCGAUUACAUGUCCUACACCACCGAGCUUGAGGCAUACACAAAAGUAGUAGAGAAGGAAACCGAGGGCACGGCUGUCAGUUGCUCCCCGUUGUACAACUCAAUCAGAGCUCUGAAAAAGGCAGCUACCAAAGUUAACAGCGAGCGAAAGGAAAUUCAAAGGGAGCUGUCAAGCAAGCAGCUGAGCAAGGGCUCGAUGAAGAUCCGGGGGCUUAACGACCGGCUCAUGCAGGCAGAGCGAGCCUUCACUAACCGGGAAGGCAUCUUCAAGCAAGCCUGGUACAAGCAUCUGAUCUACGGACCAUCGGAGCAGAACGACUGGGACACCGCGUCGUAUCCUGGUAUAGCCGACGCCAUAGCCACCGCGAGGAGCAGCAACACCUCGGCGUCCUGGAAGCUGGUGCAGCACGAGGUUCACAGGGUCGCCAGGGCCGUGGCACAAGCAUCCGCCGUGCUCAGCGGAAGCCUCACAUGA